ACCCAUAAAACGUUGCUACCAAGACUACAACUUCCAGUAGGCAGCGGGGCAGAUGUUUGUGCGCAUGCGAUAAAGGGACAGCUCGUAGGUCAGGCUUGUGUAAGGUUGUGCUGCCAGGACCUUUCCAUCACUGUCUUCUGAUGUUGCCCUGUGUCCUCCGUUCCGCUCGACCUGCUGUCCAAACACUUGCCUUCACCCGCCAGACUGCGCAAUUCCGGCCUCAGAUGGCCUCCGAUCGGCCCGUGGAGACCACCGUACGGGCCAAGCUGACUGCGGCUCUGGAGCCGGCCCACCUGGAGGUCAUAAAUGAAAGCCACAUGCACGCCGUGCCCCCUGGGUCAGAGUCUCAUUUUCGGGUGGUGGUGGUGAGCUCGCGCUUCGAGGGGCUGUCUUUGCUGCAGCGCCACCGGCUGGUCAACGAGACCCUGCGUGAGGAGCUCAGCAACUCCAUCCAUGCCCUCGCUAUUCAGGCUAAGACUCCCGAGCAGUGGGAGAACAACCCAAGUUUGGCCAAGAGCCCUCCCUGUAUGGGGGGCUCCAAGCAUGACAACACUGUGGCAGACAAACUGAAGGCCGGUCAGCACUGAACCCAAAGUGUGAUGUUGGAAAGCCACCAUUCUGAUUCGAGAAGUGAACAUUUUCAGCGCAUUCAAACCAUACACAGUCCAAAUGGGCAGGAGAUAGUAUAAGGUUGUCGGUUUUUCCUGCAUUGUAGAGUGAAGGAGCUGUGACAAAAGCCUCUCUACAGAGGCAUCUUUAAAUGGAGAGCUAUAGCAAGCUUAUGCUACUUCCUGUGUUUCCCUUCAAGGUUGGUAGGGUGAAGUCUCUGUUACCAGUGAGGCUACUUUGAAGUAUUUAACAUUUGUUUUGUGUAAUGAUUUAAUAAUUUCAUGUGUCUUAUUUCCAUAUUUUGCUUCAUAAUUAUGCAAUACUAAUAGAUGUCACGUUAAAAUAUCCACUGAGCAAUAAUAGAGACUGUAAACUUGAUAUUCU